CGGCUCAACUUGCUGGAUGCCAAUUUGCCAUCGAACACGAGGGAGCACGCUACGUGAACAGCUCACCGGGGCACUGCUUGUCGUGUGAAAUGCAGCCCUGCUUGGGCCGGCUGGGGUCCCCCGAUGGCAUUGCCUGGCUCUGGGAAAUGUCCUUUUUGGGGUGGCACAGCCGGCACGAUGCGAGGCGCUGGGCGCUGCCUCCUGCGCACCGCUGUCGCUCACCGCGACCCCGUCCUCGCACCGCGGACUGGGGAGGAGGGCUGGAGAGAAGGGGCUGGGGAGGAAGCUUUAUGUAAUUCUUGGCUGGCUUCUGAGUAAUUGUUUUAAUGAAAUGGAAUGCGGUGUAUUCUGCGCUGCUUGGCAGAAACAGCCUUUUUUUGUAUUUGCUAUUUUGGGGGGGAAGCAGUUGAAGUUAGUCUGUUUUCCAGCUGCUUUGAGCAGUUCAGCUUGGGUUUGCCACAGAGAUGGGAGUAGAAUAUUGCUCUCAGCGAGGGGACAGUUGCCCUGGUGUGUGUGUGUGUCCUCGUGCGUGUGUAAUUUAGUGUGUAAGUGACUGAGCCUGGUCCCUCUGUGCGGUGUGAACACCGCUGUGGUUCUGAAGAGGGAUCAGCUCAAUUUCAAAGUGCCCAAUAGUGACGUGUAGGUACCUGUGCUUACAAAAUACGUAUGCAUCUAGGACCUUGAUAGGGAAAAGAAUCAAAUUUCUACUGUGCCCUACCUCAGGGUACGGCAGGAAUGUGAUGAGUUGAGACAAGGAAGUCAACUUAAUUUUCAGCGAGGCAGAAAUGCAGGAGCUGGGAAUCUUGACUUCUGUAAAUGAGUGCAAAAUACUUUCCCCAGUUCUCUCGGAACGGUUGGGUGACUUGUAUCUUAGGAUUAGUGGAGGGCCAAUUAGGGAUCACGCUGAAAACCCUUUUUCAGAAAGUAAUUUGAAGAGGGAUUCAUUUCACGUACCUAUGAAGGGAAGUUUAUUCUCAUGCUGCUUCUAUUUCAGUAUUGCUGGCAUUUCCAUUUUUGGUCAGCGCUGGAGAAGGGUCUCUUUUACUCAUCUUCUACCUCUCAAAAUCUACUUUCUACUCUGCCUUUAUCAGUUUUUUAUUGCAGUUUUCUGUAGUCAUGAGUUCUCUUGCGAGUAAAGCAGCCUUCCGUUGGUAGGAUGAAGUGUUUCUUUGGCUAAUAAAUUCUGGGCAGAACACUGAGAUGGAGAAGCUGUCAGGCGUUUGUUUGCUUUGUUAAUACUGCUUCUGGUAAAAAUAAAUCCUUGUUAUUUCUCUUGCAGGUGGUGAAACAAGCAAGAUUGUAGUAACUGUUACUUCUGUCCUGAUGGCAGAGGAUAGGUGGAAGGAUAGGUUGCCUAUCUUCUCACAGCAGGAAGAGAGGGGGAACCUCAGACAGAUUCUCUAGCUCUUCUCAGUUCACUGGUUAAAAUAUAUUCUAGUUCUAAAAACGUUAGUUUUCUGUCUGGCUUUAACAAUUUCUUUUCUUUCUGUGGCUCUUGGGCACGGCAUUGUGAAACUCCUAAGCCACAUUCCUCUGCCCAUGCUGAAAAAAUGCAGAGCUGUGGAGCUGUCAAGCCAUCAGCGAGCUCCAUCACGUUGCCACCCACAUCUUCUCCCAAAGUAACUGGGGGGCAGUUCCCACAUUCAUUUCUACAACACUGUCCUCCUUCCGUUCAUUCCCAGAGGCUGCUGUUGAAAUAAAAAAGAAGCUGUUUUAAUUAGAUUGUCAGCCAUGUGCUCAUGGCACCCUUGUACUCUGCGGUCUUUUCUAGGGGUUCUUUCAAAGAUGUUGCUUGCCCACUCUGUAAUUACUUGGAUUAUCUUGAGGUUUUAGGAGAAUGCUCAUUAGAUUGAAAGCUUCAUUUUAAAACUUUCUACCUAUUAUAGUUAUAAGUGGUACUAAGAUCAACAUGACUGAAAAAUGUUAAAUAUUUUGCUGUCAUUUCCCCUUGCCCUGCUCUGUGAGUUUACAUUGGGCUUUUGGCAGUGCUUUGUGUAAAGUCAGUUCCUGAUGAUGACUUACACUUUUUGGCUCGCAAAGAGGUCGGCGUUGCUUCCAAGUCUGCUCCCACUCUGUUGCAGAGAGCCCUUACAGAAACGAAAACUUUUUUUAAAAAGAGAGGUCCACCAUUUUGAGAGCAUUUUCUUGGUAAUUGAAUUUUUAAAAAGCCAGUUAAACCAGAUGCCAUAUUUGACAAGAAACACUAAUUUCUUAAGAAAAGGGGAGCAUCUUCCCUCAGAAUAGUUGGCAAGUCAAGCCAACAAGUCUUUUUAACUCAUCUUAAUUUAUAUCUCCAUAUACUAAGCUUUUACUUGGCAUCCUCAGUAUCUGAUAUUUGCUAGGACUUUGUUUCGUCUUAUAGGCAUGGGCUUUUCCAACUUGACACGGGUUGUUUUUUAAGGGUAGAUCUGCAUCUGUUGGACUUUCUUUGCAUUCAUGUUCAUGGGAGAUACGCUUGUUACCUACUAAGGGAAAGUUGUUGGAGUGUAUGCAAAAAUAUUCUCUGGAAGGACUAAGAUCUGUCAAGCCUGCGUUAUGGUCUCCCAUUUCAGAGCCUUCAGGUUAGGUGUGUCUCAAUAAGGCUGUACUAAACAGGGAUAAGAUUGCAGUGUCUCUUCAGUGUCCCCGUUCCGAACUGCUGGCCUCCUCCUUUUGGUAGCCGGGGGUUCUGUAUUUCGUGGGCAGAAUUUGUGCUUCUCGUGCUUGUAAUUAAUUCAGAAUUCGUUCUUAUAUUUCUUUCCUUCAUUUCAUCAUCUUUAUGUGUGGCUCAAAUUUUCUAAUUGGCACUUUGCCUGGAAGAGUCUAUAUUCAGAUCUGUUUAUGCUGCUUGGAUAGGGUUUCCACAGUUUAAAAGAUGCUGUUUUUUUUUUUUUCCUCCGUUAAGCUUCAUGCCUGUUCUUGCAUGACCAUGCAAAUCUUAUCCUUCCCUUUAUUGGUUAUGGGGUCCACAUGGUUUCCUGUUUCAGUUACUUAAAAAAAAAAAAAAAGGAGGGAUAAUUAAGUUAGAACGUGCAAGCUCUGACAGUAUUUUGUCUCUGGCAGCGUCCAACAGCAUUACAUAUGCUGAUGGAUCUGGUCAUAGUGAUCUUUAGCUGAAUGAGAUGCUGGCUCUGAAGUGAGUCCUGCAGGCACUUGGGCCUGGCUUGGUGUAGUGGCCUAGUGCCCCUGGAGGGGGGUGGCCUUACCUCCCUCAUUUUAUGCCUUCCAUCUCCUGCAUCCUCUGGCUCUUUGGACAUACCCCUUCCUUUUUGCUGACCCCUGUGCUUAUCUCACUUUCUUAACUCAGAAAGUCUUUCUUUUUUUUUUUUUUUUUUUUGGGGGGGAGGUGUAUAUUCUGUUAAAUUGGUUCAUGGAGGGGUCUUGUAAAAGCCAGAGCCAAGAGAGGUAAGUGGCAGCAGCACAUGUCUGGAAGAGGGAGCGAAACCUCUCCAUUUUUGGCAGUGGCGAGCUGUUAAUUUGCCGUUCUGCAUCCUGUGAAACUGUAUCCUCAGCUCUGGUGCUCACUGUCCAGUGGAACUAUUGUUCUCUGUUCCCAUGUAAGCCCUGAUGUAACAUGUUUUUCUUCCCCAGAUGAGUAGAAUCAGCAGUUCCCAAAUUAUGAUCUGCGAGCGGUAAGUGCUCCACAGCUGUUGGAAGGUGUCCUUUUAAAUGGUCAAAUUUACAAAUUUGUCAUUGCUACCUGAGGGCCCUGAAGUGCAAGCAAAUGAGGGUUGCCGUUGCCUGCAGAUUUGGAAUCCACUGCCUUUUUCAAGCUCUUCUGAUGUGCCAACACGUAUGGCACGGGGCUAAUGCUUAGAACCUGCUGAGAAGAGUUAUCUGCUACCAGAUUGGCAUAUAUUGUCACUUCAGUGCUGCUUGUAACAAUGCUGAGUUCAAGUCAGAUCCGACUGCUUACAGACGCCUUACUGGCAGACCUGGAAUCCACCACCUCACAUAUCUCCAAGCGGCCAGUGUUUCUAACGGAGGAAACGCCGUACUCCUAUCCAACUGGAAACCACACGUACCAGGAGAUCGCUGUGCCGCCUCCAGUGCCCCCGCCGCCUUCCAGCGAGGCCCUAAAUGGCACUGUGAUCGACCCCUUGGACCAGUGGCAGCCCAACGUAUCCAGAUACGUCCACCAGCAGCCUCAGUCCCAGUCGCCUAUAUACAGCUCUAGUACCAAAAGCUCCAGUGCCUCUGUUCCUAGGGACGGGCUCAGCUCUCCUUCUCCUCGUGCCAGUGAAGAGGAACACGUCUACAGUUUCCCAAACAAGCAGAAGUCUGCAGAACCAUCUCCCACGAUGACCAGCACCUCUCUGGGCAGCAACCUCUCAGAACUGGACAGGCUUCUCCUGGAACUGAAUGCUGUUCAACAUAAUCCCCCAAGUGGCUUCCCAGCAGACGAGGCCAGCAGAAGCCCAUCACUGCCCGGCGUGACUGGACCUCACUAUGUCAUCCCAGAGAGCAGCAGCUCUGUGGGAGGGAAGGCUGCACCCCCUACAAAAGAAAAACCAAAGCGGAAUGGCGGGCGUGGGAUUGAGGAUGUGCGUCCCAGUGUGGAGAGCCUGCUGGAUGAGCUGGAGAGCUCAGUGCCAAGUCCAGUCCCUGCAAUCACUGUGAGCCAAGGUGAGGUGAGCAGCCCCCAGCGCGUCACUGCCAGCCAACAGCAGACCCGUAUAUCUGCUUCUUCAGCUACACGAGAACUGGAUGAGCUGAUGGCCUCCCUCUCCGACUUUAAGUUCAUGGCGCAGGGGAAAGCCGGCAGCAGCUCCCCGCCGUCCACAACCCCCAAACCUGGCAGCCAGCUGGACACCAUGCUGGGAAGUCUCCAGUCCGACCUGAACAAGCUGGGAGUAGCUACGGUUGCCAAGGGCGUCUGUGGAGCCUGCAAGAAGCCGAUCGCUGGGCAGGUAGUUACAGCCAUGGGGAAGACCUGGCACCCUGAGCACUUCGUCUGCACCCACUGCCAGGAGGAGAUCGGCUCACGGAACUUCUUUGAGCGGGAUGGGCAGCCCUACUGCGAGAAGGACUAUCACAACCUCUUCUCUCCUCGCUGCUACUACUGCAACGGGCCGAUCCUCGAUAAAGUGGUGACGGCUUUGGACAGAACAUGGCACCCUGAACACUUCUUUUGUGCCCAGUGUGGAGCUUUCUUUGGACCUGAAGGGUUUCAUGAGAAGGACGGCAAAGCCUACUGCCGCAAGGACUACUUUGACAUGUUUGCUCCCAAGUGUGGAGGCUGUGCCCGGGCUAUCCUGGAAAACUACAUUUCUGCCUUGAACACCCUGUGGCACCCUGAAUGUUUUGUCUGUCGGGAAUGUUUCACACCAUUCAUCAACGGCAGCUUCUUCGAGCACGACGGGCAGCCCUACUGCGAGGUGCAUUACCACGAGCGUCGCGGCUCGCUGUGCUCUGGGUGCCAGAAGCCUAUCACAGGACGCUGCAUCACUGCAAUGGGCAAGAAAUUUCACCCUGAACACUUUGUCUGUGCCUUCUGCCUCAAGCAGCUCAACAAAGGAACCUUCAAAGAACAGAACGACAAGCCCUACUGUCAGAACUGCUUUCUCAAACUCUUCUGUUAGAGGCGUCCUAGCUGGGAGCUAAGCAUCUUUCUGCCUCCCCCCGGGCAGUUCUGUCUCUCUGAACGUUACUGUGAUUUCGAAACCUUCCCAGGCAGGGGAGAGGGCGGGUGGGGGGUGGGUGGUAGUGCUUGCUGCUGCUGCCAGGAGGCAGCAGCUCCAGAGACGGACCAUUAAACUGGAAAUGCCCUUGCUGUGUCUCAGCAGAGAGAGGCGAGUCCCCUGGUCCCUGUGUGCGGCUGGGUGUGACUGACAGCUGAGCUUAGCCCGAGGGCUCCACCAGGGAGCUUCUCCUCAGCCCCCUCCCGGCAGCAGGAGCCUUAGCCAGUACGUUUCAGCGCGUGUCAGCGCUCUGAGCACACCCUGACACUGGCGGGCAACGCAGCCCUCUGUCCUGACACCUCUCUGAGGCUCCUGAGCGCAGCCCGAGCGGUAGCACGGCGAGGGCACCCCGCGAGCUCAGCACCACCCUGCCUCCGCUCCCUGGGGCCGCGGGCACGCCUGGCUUACCAGGAGCCUCAGCACAGGCAGCCAGGACCCUGCAAGGGUCUCUCCAGUUCCAUUACACUGUAAGGAGUUGAUACCACUUUUUUUUUGUUGUUUGUUUGAAGAGGAAUCAAGGUAUUACUGUGUUUUUUUUUUUUUUUUCUUUUCCCCUAGUUUGUUAUUCCCUGCCCUCUCCAAGCCCUGACCAUCCCUCCGUGCCGCUGAGCGCCCCUAGGGUGACGUGCGGGGCCAGGCACCUCCCUCAGCACCCACUCCCCUCGCCUGCUGCUCCCAGGAGAGAGGCAGUGGUGGCAUCGUCCCUUCUUUAGGAGCAGGGAGGUUAGGGACAGCCUUCAUCACCCAUCCCCGUCACGAGUGCCUGUGGUGUGCGUGCGUUUAUCUGGCCCGAAGCUCUCCCACCUACCAGGCCCUGCGCUUGUCGCAAGGUCGGGGAGAAGCGGAGGGGUUUAAGAAGCCAGGGAAAAAAAAAAAAUCCACCCUUUGUAUGCUUUCUCCUUCCUCUCUUUGCUAACGAGACCUGUCAGCCCUCGGUAUUUCCUUUCUGCGCUCCUGUUAAACGUGUUCCACGGAGAGAUGCUAGAGCAAUAACCUUUUGUACUGCCUGUUACCGGCAUAACAAGUCCCCGGGGUCGGGUGUGUGAGGCACACUUGGUUUUACUAUCGAAAUGAAUACUGUAUCCUGCCUUUGAUAAGAUUUCUACACUGAUUUUGAAUUCAUAUCUAAUUUGCUUUUAAUCCUCUUAUACGAAAAUUGGUUUUGAAGUGAUUUUAAGAAAGCGCCUUUAUAUCUCGAGCUGUGCUGUUCCAGGCAGCGUGCCCGCGGGGCUGCCCGCCUGCCUUUGUAACCUCGACGCUGUGUUAAACCGA